AAAUGCGCAUGCGCAGCUUGUAGGUUGCCUGCCUGGCAGUGCCAUAGCAACCAGGGCAGACAUCAACAUGCAGGCCAAAGCAACGACAGUGAGAGAAGCACUGGCUAAGUGGGAGGAGAAGUCAGGGGAGAAAGCGGGUGAGACUAAAGCCGUCAAACUGUAUGGUCAGGUUCCUCCUAUAGAGAAGAUGGACCCCUCCCUCUCUACGCUCACCAACUGCGAGAAGCUCUCUCUGUCCACAAACUGCAUUGAAAAAAUAACCAAUCUCAACGGCCUGAAACACUUGAAGAUAUUGUCAUUAGGAAGAAAUAAUAUAAAGGCCCUUACUGGGCUGGAGUCCGUAGGGGAGACAUUAGAAGAGCUGUGGAUCUCCUAUAACUUGAUAGAGAAACUGAAGGGUGUCCAGUCCUUGAAGAACCUCAAAGUCCUCUACAUGUCCAACAACCUGGUCAAAGAAUGGGGAGAGUUUGUGAGGCUAGCUGACCUGCCCUGCCUGGUAGACCUGGUGUUUGUGGGAAAUCCUCUGGAGGACAAGCACUCAUCUGAAGGGACCUGGAUGGAUGAAGCCUCCAAAAGACUUCCUAAUCUGAAGAAACUAGAUGGGACCCCAGUCAUCAAACCGGAAGUGGACGAAGGAGAUGGAGAAAGCUGAGAAGCGUAACCAUCUGCAAAACUAGAAUCACCUUUCCAAAGAGUCUUCCCUUUUUAAAGUUUUGUAUGGUUUGUCAUGGUGCUUUCCUUUAUACAAAAUGACUUUUACAACAGUACACCAAUAAAAGCACACACGUACAUUUUAGAACUAUGAAACAAUUAUUAAAUGGUUAAUACCUGCAGGCCUUGCGACCAUAAAAAAGGUUUUAAUGAGACCUUAUUAAAAGAUUCAAAAGUGUUGUUGUCAUAUGCACAAUAGCUACAGCGCAGUUGUUGGCAAUACAAACCCUAAGUCCUUCUGAAGGCUCCUCCAGCAAUGCAACAUUCAAUAUACUUUAGAAAUAAGAAUAAAAACACAUUAAAUAGUGCAAGUGACUAAUACAAAUGCAGAAUUGGAGAGAGGCUUAAUACACAGAAGCCUUCCAUCGCACCAUUUUAAACUGAAAAUUGAAACAGAACUAAUGUGGGCAAAAAAUACUUUUUAAACUUACAAUGUGUUUUUUUUUAUUGUCCUUGAUUUUGUAUGCAUCUCUAUGUACCUCUAGCAAGAACUAAAGCACAAUGUAGCACACACACACACACACACACACACACACACACACACACACACUAGUGAGUAAAGACAUGUGUGUGACCCCUCCAUAGUAUUUCUAUGGAGAUGUUGCCAAAUAAAGCUAAAUAUUAGCUCUAUGCUACAUUUACGUCAAAUUGGACAUUUCAUACUGUUUUUGCUAUCAGAAUUCUCGAAUACGCUGAAAUUAGGUUCUAUUACCAAACUAACUUCUCAGACGGUUAUUAGCAGUAGCAUUAAAUUAGGAGGUUACAUUUGUAUUUAUUAUUCUCAUGGGAUUUGAAGGCACCAUACUGUAUACAUCUACACCUCCCUAGCUCUUCAGAGUGAAAACUUGGAUGACCUAAAUAGAUCAGUUUGGCCCUGUGUUUGAGGUCAUGUAGUGUCUGUCAAGAGUUUUUGAAACUACUCUAUUUUCAGGCUUAAUUUUGGAUCAAUACAUUCUACAUUGUUCCUGUUCCUUGUGAUACCAAGGUUAAUGCAUGUAGCAUGUCUUCAUUAUUUACAUUACACAUUAUCUGUGUAAAAUUAUUUUCAUGUUUUAAAUUAUUCAGGUAGGUUUGUACAUACAAUUGUAAGAUGUUUUUUUUUAUGAUUUAGAUUUUUGAAAUAAAUACUGUUGAAGUAAA